UGCGCAACCAGGUGGUGGCGCCGCUGACAGAGGAGCUGGUCUUCCGCGCCUGCAUGCUGCCCGUGCUGCUGCCCUGCGCCGGCCCCGGCCCCGCCGUGCUCGCCUGCCCCCUCUUCUUCGGCGUCGCUCACUUUCACCACGUCAUCGAGCAGCUGCGCUUCCGCCAGGGCAGCGUGGGCAGCAUCUUUCUCUCAGCAGCGUUCCAGUUCUCCUACACAGCCGUCUUCGGGGCCUACACGGCUUUCAUCUUCCUCCGCACAGGGCACCUGGUGGGACCAGUGCUGUGUCACUCCUUCUGCAACUCCAUGGGCUUCCCGGCCCUGGGCGCAGCCCUGGAGCACCCGCAGCGCCUCCUGCUGGCCGCCUGCUACCUGCUGGGCGUGGCCCUGUUCCUGCUGCUGCUCCAUCCCCUCACCAACCCCGCCUUUUUUGGCCACGCCCCCGUCUGCGCCCUGGCCGCCCCCAGCGUCUCCGUGUGCUCCUGACACCGGGGUCCCCGGCCCCCCUGCUGCCCCCCAGACCCGCACAGUGUUUUUAUAGUGCCCCGCUCUCGGGGGCUGAGAGAGAGUCUAUAUUUUUACGAUUAAAGGACUUUAUGCUGCUG